UUUUAGGUUUUCCUCUUUGAGCGCUAACACGACGAAGAUGCGUGUUGCGCUUCUAUUCGCGUUCUGCAGUGUCGCCGUGCUGGCGAAACACCACAAGCGACGAGUUCCUAUCAUCGACCUUCGUGGUGCUGAUCAACUGGUAGCGAACAUUCGUGAGGACGAGAAUGUCCUCAACACUGUACCUGAUCUCUCAAUUGUCGCAGAAACAGGCCCAGUCUGCAAGUACCUGCUGACGUCUUCCGAUAAGGACAUCCCAUUCGAUGUUCAGGUGAUCGAUCAGUACACUGGCGCUGCUGUCAUCAGAGUCAAGGAUGCAGCCACUCUUGACUGUCGGAAGAGUGAAUACGACUUGCAGGUGGUGGCCGUUCGAUGUGAGGACGACGCUACCCGCAGCGAACCAGUCGCUCUGAAAGUCUCCGUAAAGGACACGAAUAAUCACUCACCCGAGUUUGAUAGUCCAUGGUAUACCUUCACUGUUGAAGAAGGCAAAAUUCACAAUGAAAUCGCUACGCUAAAAGCGACCGAUGCUGAUUGUGGCAAUCCAUAUGGACAAAUUUGCGAUUUCGAAAUUGCCAACGGUUUGAACGACUUCCCGUUUGCGAUUAAUAAUCAGGGAGUGCUUCGGAACACAAAACCCCUUAAUUACUCGACUGCAAAGUCUUACAUCCUCACCGUUGUCGCCAUCGACUGUGGAAUGAGAAGAAGCAAGAGUGCGUUGGUCACGGUGAAUGUGAAGGAGACCUGUGUCCAAGGACAUACCGGGCUCAACGACAGACUCAGCUACGUGGCUGCAAGCGGACCGAAACUGCUUCUGCCGGAUGUACAGAGCCAUGUCUGUGAACAGGAAUCGGCUUGCGAAAUAGAGAAUGUACACAGCACUGUGAAACUGAAGGCUGGACAUGUGACAAACGGAUGCUCGAGGGACACAAUUUUCUCGAACGAGACGUUCCAGAGCUGUGGCUUAUCUUCUGCGACGGUGCCACUUCUUCCAUCGAAAUCCGUCUUCACGGACGAAGCCGAAGCUGAUGUAGUCUUCGAUGGAGUCACCAACGCUGUAAUCGUGCCAUCGCGCACAGUUCCAGAAGUUAUUCCGGACAAGUUCUCUCUGUCAUUUUCGAUGAAACAUGCCGCUGGAACAAAAGACGAUCAGAAGAAUAAGAAGAACAUUCUUUGUGAAUCGGACGAAGAUGGUAUGAACCGCCAUCAUUUCGCUGUUUAUGUGCGCCAUUGUAAACUUGAAGUUGUUCUGAGAAGAGAAGCUGGUAGCAAAGCCGAGUUCCGUGCAGCUGAAUGGAGAUGGGCUACACCGCAGGUUUGCGAUGACGAAUGGCAUUCCUAUUCGUUGCUUUUCAACGGAGUCGAUGAUGUCAACCUGAUGAUCGAUGGCGUCGCAUUCAAAGCCGAUGAAAGGAAUCCGGAGAUUCUUGAUGACUGGCCGCUGCAUCAGACUAAAGCUGUGAAAACGAGACUUGUGGUUGGAGCAUGCUGGCAUGGCAGACAACAAGCAAUGGUUCAGUUCUUCAAAGGAUCGCUGUCCAGUGUGUAUUUACUCAGCGGAGAAGUAGAGAACCAAAGUGCCAUCGAAUGUGCCCAUCGCUGCCCGGAACAACUGCAGUUUACUGGCAUGGAUGAAAUAACAGAAGGACAAAGUGUGACAUUCAAUGCAGAUCAGUCUGCGAUUACCGUCAAAGCGACCACGGUCCCAGAAGUUGAUAAAAUGCUCCGAAGGAUUUCAUACGUAAACACGCAAGAAACUCCAAUUCCCGGACAUCGAUCCUGGACCCUGGACACUACGGUCGCAUGCAAGGGAGGCAAGCAGCUCACUCUACCAUCCGCAAAAGGUUACGUCUUUGUUGAACAAGAAGCAGACCCUGUGCUAUCCCUGUCGGGAUCUACAACUCUGAAUAUCGACCAACAUUCCGUCAAAGUUGGAACCCCAAUGAUUUCCGACAUUCAAAUCACCGUUAGCCAACCGGAAAGCGAUGGUAAAAUGAAGGAUGUGACCUCGUCACACAUGCUCGACUACUGCAAAGUGCAUCUGAAGCCGUCGAGAGACAUGGACUUGGAGUAUUUCUCCUCACCGGCAUCGCUGAUUGCCGCACUCCAGAUUGAUUUCGAGCACGACAAGGAGGGAAUUCUAUUACGAGGAGAGGAGACCGUCAAAGGUUAUCGCGAGGUGCUUUCGAAGAUUCACUACUUCAAUACGAGACCUGACACCUACAGUAAGCGUAUCUACACUGUUCAAUGUGCAAUGCUGAAAGGACGAGUGCUCAGCAAUGAACUUGUGAUUACGAUGUCCAUCGAACCAUCAAGCUCGGAAGCACCAGUGCCACCGGUCACAUCUACGGAAAAUCUUGAUAGCUUGGACAUGCUGGAAAGGCAUUUCGAGCCCGCAUUCGACCAGCUGGGAAGUAAUCGACUACAGAAUAUUCUUGAGAUGGACCUUCCUCGUCCCAAAGCACUUCUGUCACACCACGGCUACGAAGUAGGACAGGGAGCUAUUGCAGGAGGCGCAGUGGCUGUCGUGGUUGUUGUUUGCGUUGGUUUCUUACUCGUUCUGCUUGUCAUCGGAGUAUUGAAAAUGAGGGACACUCCACUGCCUCGCAAAAGGAAGAACAAGCGACAAGAUGAUGGUAUGUCUUGGGAUGAUUCUGGUAUGAAUAUCACUGUUAAUCCGUUGGACGAUGUGGAGAAGAAUGUUGCUGAAGAGGAGUUUACAGAAGACGAGGAGAGCACUGAUGGAGAGGAAAGCGAUGCGUCCUACCGAGAAGAGGAGGAGCUGUCGGACGAGGACGUCGAACACGAAGUACUUCCGCACCUCGACGCGCAGCGCGGCGGUCUGGAGUGGGACGACGACGCCGUGAUGGCGACAGCAAAACAGAAGUUUUCCGAACAGGUAACAUACUAUAUCAUAGAGCUCAUCGAGGACAACAAUCAGGCUCAUCCGAAAGGGCGUGAUUUCCUCGACACGAUGGUGUGCAAACAAGUUCAGUUUGAGCAUCCCAGAGAUUUGACGGAUGGGGUGGAAGAGGGCAGAGAUUGGUGUGAUGCUGGUUGUGAAAUCGUUAUAAAGCUCAGGAACUAUCUUGAUGUACUGAAAAGGGAUGCCUUGAUUGCUCAAGGCAUCGAUGACGGCUUCAGUCUCAACCGACAAAGAUUUAUAUGUAUACGAGUUGGCAUCUCAGAUUCCACUCCGGUGUGGAGCCAGUCCAUCGGGCUGACCUCUCAUGCAGUGAAACUUAUCCUUCUUUUGAUUCCUACUCGUCUUGGAUUCGCUUCCUACCGUCCUAACUAUGUCUGA